CGGGCCGAGCCGAGCCGAGCCGAGCUGCGCCGCAUGGCGCUGGCCUGAUGUCGGAGCGCGGCUCGGUGCCGCGGCGGCGCUGCGGGAGCAGGAGGAGGAUGGCGGGGCUGGCGUGGAAGUGGCCGCGUACCCGCCUGCCCGUGGGCGCCAGCGCCCUGGGCGUCUUCGUCCUCUGCUGGCUCUACGUGUUCCCCGUGUACCGGCUGCCCGACGAGAAGGAAAUCGUGCAGGGCGUGCUGCUGCAGCAGGGCAAGGCGUGGAGGAGGAACCAGACUGCGGUCGCCCUGUUCAGGAAGCUGCUGGAAGAAUGCUGUGACCCUGGGCAGCUCUUUGCUAUGACAAAGAUGAAUUCCCCUAUGGGAAAGAACCUCUGGUUUGAUGGGGAAUUUUUAUAUUCUGUCACAAUUGACAAUGCAACUUACUCUCUCUUCCCACAGGCUACUCCCUUCCAGCUGCCACUGAAGAAAUGUUCCGUGGUGGGAAACGGUGGGAUCCUGAAAAAGAGUGGCUGCGGCAAACAAAUAGAUCAAGCAGAUUUUGUCAUGCGGUGCAACCUUCCUCCUCUCUCCAGUGAAUACAGCAAGGACGUUGGAUCCAAAACCCAACUGGUGACUGCAAAUCCCAGUAUAAUUCAGAAAAGGUUCCAGAAUUUGCUGUGGUCCCGAAAAGCCUUUGUGGACAGCGUGAAGGUCUAUAACCACAGCUACAUCUACAUGCCAGCCUUCUCCAUGAAAACAGGGACGGGACCCUCCCUCCGCGUCUACUACACCCUGGAGGAUUUUGGGGCCAAGCAGGCCGUCCUUUUUGCCAACCCAAACUUCCUGCGGGACAUUGGCAAGUUCUGGAAGAGCAAAGGUAUUCAUGCCAAACGCCUUUCCACGGGGCUUUUCCUGGUCAGUGCUGCCCUUGGUUUGUGUGAGGAAGUGACAAUUUACGGCUUCUGGCCGUUCUCGGUGGACCUGCAUGGGAAGUUUAUCAGCCAUCACUACUAUGACAAUGUCCUGCCUGACUCCGGAUUCCAUGCCAUGCCAGAGGAAUUUCUACAGCUUUGGUUUCUUCAUAAAAGUGGUGUACUGAGAAUGCAGCUAGAACCGUGUGAGGACCCUCUUAUCCAGCCUUCAGCCUGAGGAUCAUAGGAGUCAGUUUGGGCGAUCCGAUAGUUUUUAAUUUCCAUACUCUCCAACAGAGAGUUCUGUUUUAUGUUGGUUGUUCUUAAAGCGAUCUGCAUGGACCAUAAGAAUGCUGCUUGAAGGCCAAAUGGAAUAUGUCCUAAUUAUUUAGUGCUUUAUGGAACUGGGAGGGGAUGAAAUGUGUCUCUCCAUCAAGUCCAUUCAGCAGCAGUGGGAAAACAAUGUCAGAAGCAGCACAGCUAAACUUUCCAGGGACGUUUUUAAGUGACAAGUGUAAAAAGGGCAUUAAGGCUCAGAGAGUCACCAGGCCACUCAUAAGCUUUUGAUGACAGUGCCAAAUAUGACUAUCUGUUCCAAAUUCCAUUUCAUUCCAGAUCAGCACCCUGUAGAACUUUCCUUUUUCCUUGCUUUUUUCCUGUUUGGGUGUGUGGGUGUGUGUAGGACAGCAUAUGUGUGUCAUUGACUCUUUAUUUCUUUUCCUUUUAUUCCUUUUUAUUUUGAUCCCCCGCCCUUCCCCGGCCCUCCCUCCCCAGGAGGAAAAGGAAGGGCUUAAAAGCCCAAGGAGCUGAGUACCAUCAGCUCCUCUGAAGACUCUUGGGAGAGUGAAGGUGCUAAGAAUCUGGUUAGAAUGUCAUAGGAAUACCUUGCUACUAGGGAUGGACAGGUUUUAUCAGGGUAGUUCAGGUCACUGUACUUACAGCUAUGCCAGUGCUGUACUGUGGGCAAGAGCUGGUUAAGGCAAAUUGGUCUGAAAAGAAAACACGUUACAAAACCAGCAGUGAAGUGCAACCUGAUUUCAGUGACCCGCUGCAAGAUUUCCACAGUGACCUUCAUAGCAGGGAUGGUUCCUGAUCUGCUUUUUGCUGUCCAGCCUUAGGGAUUAAUUCUGUAUUCAUUUGGACUCCAGAUGUUCAUGGACUGUUGAGGGUAUUUGAGGGGUUCAGUGGAAUGCAGAAUGAGGUUCUUCAUGUGCUUAUAGCAGGAAAAUUGCAGAAAUGAAUGUAAGUGUCAUUUAAAAUUAGUCAAAGCUUCAAAAAUCGUUUCUCUGUGUGUGACUCGCUCUUCUGCUUGGAUUGUAACAUUAGCCUUAAAGACUUGUACUUCUCACACGAGAUUGUCUCUGCUUAAAGAGAGUCUGGGAAAUAAAACAGCCUUUGGGAGCACCAAAAAUCUGCACAGGCAGCAAGAAAAAGGAAAAAAGAGGAAGGCAUGCCUGAUGUAAGGCUGCCCUGCUGGCAGUGGUAAAUUCUGUGAGUGUGCACAGUGCCUGAAGGACUGUUUUAUUUUGGGUUAUUACCUGGGGAGCAGAUGGUCUUCUCACCAUGGAAAUGAGAAAUUGUUUUGUUUGUUUGCUUUGGUUUAGCACUGGAGGACAAGAGAAGAAUCCCACCUCAGUCUACGGUGCAAUUUAAGCUGCAAGAUGUUACCAACCAUUAACUUGAAAAAUCCAGAUCAGUGUUCUCUUUCUUAUUACCUUAUUACUGAAAAUCUAGUCAAGGUGUUGGAACAACAAAACUGUCAUCAACUUUUCACAACAACUUCCUGUGCUGUUCUAGCUCCAAAGUUCUAGUAUUUUGGGGGAUGUGUCUUCUCAAGUGUUGAUAAGGCCUCUCCUUGUAGACUACCAGCUGCAAAUUCUAUAGAUAAAAAUAAUUUUUAAAAAAAGCUAAAUCCAUGGCUCUUCUUUAAAUAUGUUGAGCUACUGUUCAACUCUCUGUGUAGGAAACUGGGGGAAAAUAGUCAUGUUUUUCUUUUUAAACCUAUGUUUCAUAACAAAAAUUUUAUUUUGGAUUAUGGAUAUUCCAAACAUAAAGUGGGUACUGUUUCAUAGGAUUACAGGGCAAUGCUAAAGGGUAAUGUGGAGAUUUUGGAGUCUUCUAGUUACUGUUGUGAUAGAAUCUGAAUGUACCUCAUAGCCCAUGUUAUCUUUUCCAUGUUUUCAUUAAAAGUACAGAGAGCACGCUGGUGGAACAUCACUUGAUAAUUCAUUCAGUUUCAUUAGUGCAUUAUGUGUAAUGUGGGGACUCGGUGAGGACGAUUUGAAAGUAAAAUAUUUUCCUUGUUACUUGUUAUGGCAGAAUUUGACUGAGCUGCCUUUCUUAGAGACAAAGAGGUGCCUGUAUGGUUUUUAUUGGGUGCAUCGAGUUUGCGUUUUUUAGUGCUUUAUAGAUCUGUGAAAACAACAGUUGGAAUAUGAUGUGCUAUAAAUGGCACUUCAGCAGGAUGCCAGCAUUUCCUUGAGAGCAGGAGGGAACAAGGAAAGUAGGGGGAAGCUACCUCUUUGUUGGUCAUCUUUUGGUAUUUUUAGCAGUACUUAGGAAUUCACUUCUGAACCUCUCUUACAGCUCUCCAACCCCUUGGUAAUUAUUUGUGCCACAUAUUGGGAAAAUAAUUGGAUUAAAAGUACAAGUGUUUUUUGUAGAAAAACUCUGUCCAGUGUUUCAUGAGUUCUGGCUUGUUUAUGUUGAACCAGUGCCCGGAUAUCUGGAGGUGUUGUAUUCCCGACAUCUGUAGGACUGAACCUGAGACCUUUGCGAGUCCCUUCUGGUGUCUGCAGUCCUGAUGUUUGCUAGGAGAUAGCUUCCAAGGAAUUAGGGGGGCAGGAGAGACCCAGGCUGUGUGUGAUGUGUGGCUGAUAUUGGAGAAAUUGAUAAUUCUGGCUCUGUUCACAUUUACAUUUAGUGAGUAUAACUGGCACACACAGUACAAAGCCAACCACAUUUGAUGAGAAAGUAAUGGCUUCAAGGAUAAACAAUUUUCUAUAACUUCCAGAAAACUGGCAGUUGAGAAAAGGAGAGAAACAAAAAUAAAUGCCUCUUUUGAGAGGCAAAAUCUGUUUUAGUUGUCCUUGGAAACACUGGCCAGUAAUCAGCCUUUUGCCCAGCAGGUCAAAAGGGAUGUGGGAGAACUCUGCAAGUCCUUUGUGGCAGGAGCAGCCAAAAAGACAAAAUCAAGCAGCUGCAAGAGUGGCUGUUACCUGACAUAAAUGUUGGAGUGAAGGCUCUCCAUGCACGUGGAGUGUGGAGCUUGCCUUUUGGAUGUUUCGGAGGAAGGCAGUCCAUGUGUAGGUUCACUGAUAUGAAAUACGCCAUUACAUGGAAGUGCCUAAGAAUUUAUCCGUAUUCAGGAGGGAAGUCAUUGCUUGUGUUGCUAUAUUUUUAGUGAAGUCUUCUGAAAUCUUAAUAUUUGUUAGUGAAAUUCCCUCCUGCAGCACCUCUGUUUCCACUGCCAGUCCUGAAUUUCCCUGAUAGUGUAGGUAAAGCUGCACAAAUCUUCCUGGUUGAAAGUGACUGCAGUUCAUCUUCAAUAAAAACUGGUUAAUGCUGGCCAAAUAAUUUGUUAAUAUUCAUAGUUAUUAAUUUUAUCAUAGAGCUGACAAGAGACAGAAGUGCUGGAAUGUUGCUCUGCCUGGAUAGGAAUCAUUGUUCCAUGUUUGUAAGGAGAAUAAAAUAAAUACCUUUACAAGAAAGGUAUGCACUGAAAUCCCUCUUGAUACAAUCUUUUUGGGGCUAUAUAUGUCCUUGAGGAUAUCAAGACCCAUUUUUGAACUUGUGAUGAAACUAUGUAAAACUCUUUCUGCUUGUUGAUUAGGAAGCCUCUCGGAGCUUUUUCUAGAUCAGACAAGCAAAAGAGAAACCAGCAAAGCAAAGUCCUAGAGAAGGGAGUGGGAGGCGUGCUCAUGAGAGUAAAAACAUCUCUAAUUUUGGCACAGACUUUGUUACAGUGCUAAGAACUCUUUCUCAUGAAUGUUGUGUUUUUAUAUUUUUGCUGGAAUGAUGAUAGCAAGUUUGGUGUGAGGCAGCUACUAAAGUCAAAGGUCUAAGCCUCUGUUACAGCUGAAGUUUUACAGAAUAUGGAAAGAAUGGCUGGGUUUUUUUGCUUGACUACUUUCAUCUUUUUGUUAUUUUCCUCAAAAUUCAUUUUGUUAUCUGGGCAGCUGAGUUAGCACCUCUGUGAGAGCUGAAACUAAGCAAAGCAUCUGCUUUUUGAAACUCAGUGUCCUGAAAUGUGGUAGUUACAGAAAAUUCCUGGGAACAGCUUCAUGAAUGCUAACUUAAUAUUGGGCUCACCCUUGCCUGUAAUUAAGAUGUAAGGGAACUUUUAAUCUAGAAGUGAGGAAAAUGAAGGAGGUGACAGCAAUCUCACCAUUUGCUGCCUCUCUGACUCUUCUUCAGCUUAAUAGAUUAGUAAGUAUUGGAAGAAGUCCAGGUUAUAGGAAGGACAAACUGUGCUUUCCAGCCACUCCCAUUAAAACACAGAUAGAAAAUGGACUAAAGAGCUGCUAUCUUGAAUCAUGGCCUCCUUCAAAAGCUCAUAUGGUGGAUUUUCCAUUAGCUGAUUCUUCCAAGUAAGCAAAAUUCAUUAGGCUUUGUCCAGAAAUGCCUAUUCCCCAUUUAUGUGGUUAUUUGAGGGGUAUUCUGGGCACUGUAGCUGUCCUAGUGUGCAGUGACCUCCUCUUAAUGUGGACUUCUAUUUCUGCCUCAAACCAUCAUCCUAAAGGAUCUCUCUUCCGUGUUCUUAGAGAUGAUCAUUCCCUUUGUGAAUAGAAGUGGGAUUUUAAAAAAUCCAGCCGUAAGGCAGCUAAUAUGUUUUGUUGUUUGAACAAGCUUUUCUUUUAAACUGUUGACAUAUCCACCAAGAGUUGAAAAUAACUCCAGAUAAAAAAUACGGUUUCAGCCAGAGGUUGGUAAUUCCCUUACUGGAGAAAAGAAAGAAGAUAAAAGAAGAUUGUGUUUUCUCAAGGAGGUUGUUGUAAAAUAAUACCUGUUUAUUUGAAUUCCCAUCUUUCAUCUCUUGGAAUCUAUCAUAUGUUUGAGGUUUUUGUAGUUUCUGAACAGAACAAUUAGUAAAAGACUUAGAUUUAUUUUUGUUAAAUAUUAACAAACUUGUUUCCAUAAGUGGAAUGCAAAGAACCAACAGGAGCCAUAACCUCUCCUCCCUGGCUGAUAUUUUUUUGGCAGCAGUGAGAACUUAAACAGCUACUCAUUCCUCCUUGAUUAUUAAUUUUCAUCAGUUUUUAUUGCAGCAAGCUGAGCCCUGGUGUAUUCAGCCUCUUCAGUUUAAUGCAUAUGCUUUAGAAUGAAUUUCACUCUGCUUUUGAGUGUUGUGCUGGGGGAAAAAAAAGUGAUGCUAAUUGAAAGUGCUGGGUUUGGUGCAACCAGGAGAGAGGCGCUGCCGGAUCCAGGUUUCUUCUGGCCAUUCUGAGUUCUCUGCAGGACUGGGAAAAUACUCCAGCUGUGGCUGUGAGACCGAGCUGUGCAGGACAGAACAGGAGCUGGAACUUUUUGCCUGUUGGGAAAGGUUGAUUGUUUCUUGUGGCCACUGCUGUGGCUUUGCCCAGUGCCCACCAAUGCCACCCUGACUGGGCUCAGGACCAGGGGAUGCAGCUCCAUGACCAGCUCAUGAUCCCAGAUAAUUACCCAUGGCAUGACAAGCCCUGUCCUGCUUCACAGUCAGGAGUGCUGGGCUUACUGGAAAUAGUGGUAGUAGUUCAUCCCUUUGGAGACCAACCUGCUUUUAACAGCACUUGAAAUCCCUGGCAAAUCUCAGACAGGCCUAUUAAAGCUGCAUCUUAAAUUAUUGACUGUGUACUCCCUCUGCUGUGGAGGGGGUCAGCUUUCUGCUGAGCUGAAUAUUUAUCGUGUCUGGGACCCUCUAAGGCCAGAAAACCUUUAGCACUCUGACCGUGUGGAAUUUCCUGUUAUUUGAUGUCCUCACCUUCCUAGUAAAAUCUUUCUUUUUCCCUCGCUUUAUCCUGGAUUUAACUCCUGUGAGGGAAUCCAGGGUGAAUUUAAGAAAGCAGUGCCAUUAGUAAUUGUUCUCUACGUUUAUGAAUAAGAUAGUGUUCAACAAAACACUGGAGUACAUUUGAAUAGUUCCUUCUGAUUUCUAAUUGUAUAUUCAAUUAAUUGUUUCAGUCAGAUGGGACCCAUAGCAGAGAUGAGUUGUGUAAUUUUCUGUUCAUUGGAAGGAAACAAUUACAGAAUUGCAUUACAUUUCAAGCUGAAUUCUUGUCAACAACUUAAGGAGUCUUCCUUCUUCAGGAAGCUUUGUUAUUCCAUGAUUAUCUUGAUAGUAAAUGAAAGUUCUUCACUGAAAAUAAAUGCAUAAUCUGAGACACUAAUUCGAGUUUCUACUCAGAUAUCUCCAACAAAGAUUUUUGUCUUCUGCAAAAUUGCCAUAAUCACAGCUUUUUUUUUUCUUUCUUCUGUGCAUGCGUUUUUAUAGGAAAUGCUUGGAAUUUUUUUUAUAAACCCUCCAUGGGCUGAAAAUAAACACUCCUUUUUCAGGAAUGCAAGUUUCUUUUUGGGUAUCCAUCAUAUGCAGAGUAAAACUGCCAGAAGAUGCCCAGUUUUCAGGAAAAUACUGGUUUGUAGUGUCUGGCGGGUCUCCUUUGAGCAUGUGAGUUGGCUGCUGCCUCUUGAGCUGUAGGAAGAAAAAGUCAAUACCAUUAAAAAAAAAAUCUAUAUAAUUUUCAGGCAGGAUUUAGAGUUUGGGCAGAGUGUGCUGCACUGACAGAAAAAAAAAAAAAAGAAAGGUAUUUUAGCCACAGGUCUGCCUGCUUGACAUCUCCCACUGAGUGUUGUGUCUUCGUUCUGUAAGGACCAUUCAAGGACUGAUUGUACAGAUCAACCAUGUGUUGACUGGUUUUUAAAGGCCUGGACUUUGUACUGAAAACUACAAGGAGCAUGGAAAUGUCUGGAAAUCAUGUCCUUUAGUGUAUUAUAAUUUGGUCACUAAGUGGUUUGUCCUGUUACAGAACACACACAUAAAAAUCAUUUUAUCUGAGUAUCCAAAAAUCAUCUUAUCUGAGUAUGAGACUUGCAUACAGGAGGAGGUCACUGGAAGGUGACUCCCUGAUGCUACAGAGUGCAAAAACCACUCUGGAUUUAUUUCUAUCAAUAAUGAAAUCCCCAUUGAGGUAAUAUUGGAUUAGGUCAGCUUUCAGUGCUCUUGAAACUCCCACUCCAUAAGCACUUCCAAUAAUUGUUCCAUUUAAAGGCAGAAACAGGAGAUUUUUUUUUCAUGCAUGUCACUUUUCAUUGAAAAUUGAACAAAAAGUCAAUCAGAGCUCUUACCCUUUUCUGGGUAAGAGUCUCUGUAAGUAAGUCUCUGGACACUCCCUAAGUAAUAAAUAGGCAGACAGUUAUGUAAAUAUAAACAAAACAACCUGAAGUUUAUAGCUCAGAUGCUGGUUAGUAUCUUGAAGAAUUGCUUUCAAAUCAUUUAGAGGCAAAAAAUUGCAAACAUUUCACAUGUGAAAAAUAUCUCCUAUUUUUUUUUCUCCUAAAAUGCACUAAUAACUAAAAAAAGCAUGUUAAAAAAAACCCAUGUUAAAAGAUAUGUGAAUUUUCCCUGGUUUCCAGUUUAUUCUGCACUUCUAGCUUUGUAUUCAAGUCCAUACUUCUUCAAAGCUUCCACUUCUAAACUGGAAUUCUUCUUUUCUGAUAGUGUUUGCAAGGAAGAAAUCCUUCUUUCUUCUCUCUUGUUUUUUUUAAUGACUGUUUAUAUCUAAGGUAUUAUUCCAAUCUCAAAUGCUGGUUUUCUUUAAAAAGUUGGUCUUACACUUUUUUUCUGUGUAGUGCACAGUAUUUUCAUUUCAUAACAGUACUUAUGUUUUCAGUGAUGAAAUCUCAACUAAUUCAGUUAAAAACAAUUUCUCCUUAAUAAGGGCCUGUAACUGCCGUGGUGAUGCUGAGGACUAAAGAACCUAGAAAGAAGACAACACUCUUUUGAGAUAAUGUUAGUAUAGGAGGUAAUAUAAAGGCUGAUCUUUAUUGGAGGCCUCUAGGGGCAGACAUGGAAAAUAAUCCACAAAAUGCUCGCCCCCACAGGGGGUGAAUACAGUUUUAUAAGUUUAGCAAAUUAGCAUAAUGGACAAAAAUCACCAAUUAGAGGCAUAAGCGGUGAGGCAAUUUCCCCUAGUUCAACCUUCUUUGAAUCCUGCCACCCCCCACCCCUUAGAUGGAAACCAAACUUUGUUUAUGAAAGCACAUCUCGAAGAACUGAUCUCAACCUUGGUUCCUAGACAGAGCUGAGAUAGGAUAGGGGCCUUGGAAUGUGUUUUGUCUUUCUGCCUGUUUUUCUGCAGGGACAAGUACUGGAGAAACUAGCUAGAAUACAACAAUAGGCUACAGAACUACAAAUAUGUGUGAAGAAUACAGAGAAUAUAUAUGAAAGGAAAAAGGCAAAAAUCAAUUUGGCAUAAUUUCGCCCCAUUUCUAGAAACUAACAAGACUCUACCUUGUCUAGUCUCUACUCCAUAUUUAGCCACACCACUGUAUCCUACAGCCAGCUAUUACUUACAGAACAACUACAGAUGUAAGUAAUAUUAACAGUUCCUUUUGUCCAGAUCCAGUUCUGUAACCAUAAGGUGAGACUGUCAAAGAUAUAUUCAAAGUUCAAUGGGUCUUUUGAAGGCUACCUGAUGUAGAAUUUGAGUUUACUUUCAAGUUUCAACCAAAUCCUUAAUAAUUCUUUCACUCUCAUCUACAUAGGAACAACAAGUAGUGUUAAUGAUUUUGCAGCUAGUAGGAAAUUGAGUGUCAUUCUGCUUUGUAAAACUGUACCAGACAAAUUAUGGGCUUCUUCUUGUAAGGCCGAAAUUGCAUCAGAAAUUUGCUUUUCAGUAUGUUCAAUAAUCCUUACUGUGAUCAAAUACUAAGUUUGGAAUUACAGCCCCACGGCACAGGCCCAAUCUUUAUCUAGCAAAACUUACCAGACCUUAUUUUCACAAGUUGUUCUUAUGAAGAGCUUUUGGAUACAUUUUGGACUAAAACCACGUGCAAAUUUUGGGACCAAAUCUGCACCACAGUUACCAGCUGUGCAGAUAACAGGCACGAAAGAACCAUUUAAAUCCCAUAAUACUGAUUUCUAUCAAUCUCUGUUUCCAGUUGUUUCAGGAGAGAGGUCUCUUAAAUUUGGAGCAGUGAAUUCAAGUUUCCCUGCCAGCAACCCUGGCUUGAGUGAGAGUAGUCAGGACUUCGAAUGGUCCUCUCCACUUUAUUUGCAAGGGUAACUGUCCCACCAUUUAACACAGACCCAGUCUCCAGACUGGAACAGAUGGGCAGGUGUGUCCAGUCCUGUUGGUCUGACUAACAUGAUGAAUCUCUGAACCUUCUGCAAAAUGGAACUUAAAGCUAAUCCUAACCCCUAACCCUAACCCCAAAUCAUCAAUAUAAUUUUUUAUUUUACUUUUAUGGCUCAUGGAAGUUACAAGGGCUUCUAAACUUUUCUGUUUCUUACACAUACCAGACACUUUGCUUUAACCUGCGUUAAUGCUGUUUUCAUCUGGCCAUUUCUGGAAGCUCCAGAGAAAAGCAAGAAAACAAAGACACCAAGGAAAUGAAAGGUGCCUUGCUGUGAUGUUUUUCAAGAGCAGUGCAUUAUUCUGUUAAUGAACUGUGAAAUGUAGCAUGUGGAUGAUGAUGAAUGUAAAAACAUGCAUGUGUUUUUAUUUGAAUGUUGUGUCCCUGAGAGGGAUUAUUAGUGUGAGCUCUGUAGUGUAAAAAUACUGAAAAGGGAAGAGAAAUGGAAAAAAGAUACUUCUAGCAGGUUUUGCAGUGAACCACAUCCCCUUUUGACUAUUUUUCCUUCUCAGACUUGGAUUUCGUAACAUGGCCCUUACGAUUAGGCUAGUAAUAAACAAACUGCUGUGUUCCUGAAGUCAAAUCUGCUUCUUUCCAGCACUGUAAGGGACAACCUGUUUGUAUUUCCAGCAUAUCUGAUUUAUUCCCAGGCAUAGGCUCACAGGGCUGCACCGGCUGGGAGAUCAGUCAGGCUCACUGGUGAUGCCAUGCCAUGUGUUUCCUGCCCACAUCCUGCGUCCAAUAAUCUGUGCCUGUGCCAGGAGACAAGUGACUGUGGUUUGUUACAUUUUGCUGCUAUGGCUAGAAGCUAAAGUGCAAAUUGAAACUGUGAAUUCCCUCCCAUUUCUUGUAGGCACAGAGCAGGAAUGGGCUGGGCAAAGGUUUUUCAAAAUCGUUAAUUUUGCAUUUACCUCACUGGGUAUUUACAAGAAGUCACUGAUUUCCCAGGGCACCAAUAAUUGUUCGAGUUGCAGCCAUGGUGAAUAUCUGCCCAGCCAGGGGACCAGAGAAUGUAACUGGGGUUAUCCCAACUCCCUGGUGUUAUCAGAAGGCUCUUUAGGGACUGGACACAGUUGCCGUUUUUGCUCUCUCACACAAUAUUCCCAAAGGAGCCAUGUGAUGUCGGAUGUCAGUGUGAGUUGUUAAAUUCUAGUACUUUUAUUUGCAUUCCUUCUUCUCUUGCCCUGUUUACUGAAAAAAAAUGUGAUGGUAAUGUGGUAGUUUGAUGUCAUGAGGUGAUUUAAAAGUAGAUAAGCAAAUGACUAUGCCUCUGAGAUUGUAUAAUUCCAUGAAUUUGUUUUACCUCCAGUGCCCAGCAUGUAAUAUUUAUUGUCUCAUUUCUAAUGUGUGUAAGUUUUACAGGCUGGAUACUGUGCCCAAAUGACAGAAGCACUUGAGUGAACAUCUCAAAUAAUUGUUUUUUUGGCACACUCAGGGGCAAAGGUACUUAUGUGGAGUGUGUUAAGCAUCCCAAAGUGUGGUAUUGUUCUGAGUCUUGUGAUUAGGGCUUCGAUCUAAUUCACUCUCCAAUGUAGCAAAUGUUUGCUGUCAGCCAACACUAUUACAAGGACAAAGGGAAUCUCUUUUUUGCCCUGCAAUAAUGUAUUUUCUAUGAUUACGUCAGUAGAAUUUGUUCAUUUCUCAAGUACUGUGCAGUGCUUUUCUGAAGAAUGUCCCUUUUUCUGGUUGUUUCAUGGUGACUGUACCCCAAAAUGUCUAGAUGUCUCUCAAUAGCAAAAUUUGCUUUGUUAUUGAAUGUAUUAUUUAUUAACAGUAUCUUGUCUUUUUCUAGUUGCAUUUUACAAAAUGUGCCACAAGCAUCUUAUGUGAUUUUUAUAAGGAAAGUCAUAUUUAUAAUGUUUGUGCAAGUGGAUGGAAACAAAUAAUGAUUUUAUAGUAGCCCAUGCCUUUUUUCAUAGCUGCAGAGUCUUAAUGAGCAUGAUCAGAAGGGACAGGCUCAUUGUUUCCUUUAAUUUUAAUGAAGUUUUUCAAAGUAAACUAUUAUGUUAGUCAUUAUUUGAAAUUAUUUAUCUUAAAAAAUAAAUAUUGCCAUUUUAAGAAAUGAAAAGAGUA